UUUUCUUCCUUAAACCAAACUUAUAUACCCCCUCAAGCUACAUCUUGAUUCUUCCAAUUGCCCGUGUACCUAAUACUGUUCGCCCAUCAUGGCCUUCACCACCAACGCAACCAUCACCAGCUUCGGUGGUCGCUUUCUCAAGCUCACUCAUCAAUCCUCCGUCACGGGAACUCCCAUGAACGCGACCCUCUACCUCCCCCCUUCAGCCUCAGCCUCUAAGCCCGCUCCCCUCCUCAUCUACCUCUCGGGCCUCACCUGCUCCCCCGACAAUGUCACCGAGAAGGGCUUCCUGCACGCCCACGCCUCUAGCCUCGGCCUCGCUCUCCUCUACCCAGACACCUCCCCCCGAGGUCUCGAUCUCCCCGGUGAGCACGACUCGUGGGACUUUGGCAGCGCGGCUGGCUUCUACAUCGAUGCCACCAAGGACCCUUGGAGCAAGAACUACAACAUGGAGUCUUACGUCUCCAAGGAGCUGCACGACCUCGUCUUCCAAGAGUUCAAGGAGCUCGACUCCUCUCGCGUGUCCAUCUCGGGCCACUCGAUGGGUGGCCACGGAGCCUUGACCCUCUUCCUCAAGAACCCGGGCAAGUACAAGAGCGUCAGCGCCUGGGCCCCCAUCUCCAACCCUUCCAAGUGUCCCUGGGGUGACAAGGCCUUCUCGGGCUACUUCGGUGACGACAAGGAGGAAUGGAAGAAGCACGACGCCACCGAGCUCGUCAAGAGCUGGAAGGGUCACUUCCCCGCUCUGAUUGACGUGGGUACCGCCGACAACUUUUACAAGGCGGGCCAGCUUCUCCCCGAGAACCUCGAAAAGGCCGUCAAGGAAGCUGGCAUUGAAGGUCUCAACGUCCGCUACCGAGAUGGCUACGACCACUCGUACUUCUUCAUCUCCACCUUUGGCGAGGACCACGUCAAGCACGCCGCCAAGGCCCUCGGUCUUUUGUGACUACCACGCAGUGCGCUGUAAAACGGUGAAAGACACGAAAGCGACAUGUUGAAAUAUCAGUUAAAUUUUUAUUUGCGGCGCCGCCUUGGGGUAAAGCCCCUGUGAGCAGGGUGUAUAUGUACCAGUCGAGACAAGUUCUCGACAGCAUCAGCCAUGUCUAACUACACCAUGGCACGAGAUUCUAUUUGAGAUAAGGGGAUAUCUUUCUCCCCCUUCAAACUUGAUGAAUCCAAAAAAGCAAGUGAAACAAACAAACAAAACAAUGU